AUGUAAUGUGAUGUUGCAUCAUACAGUUUAAGGGAUUUCUAAAUAUUAAAUCUAUAAUGUGGUCUGGAUUAGGCUGUAAAUGUAACUUUUCCAGGCCUUGUCGGUAUAAUGCUGCAGGAACGUAUAUGGAGCAGAGAGGAGUCACAGCUUAAACUCUUUGCUAAGAAGAUUACUGUUCCCUCACUGACAAUCCUCUUCACUGGAAAAACUCAACUUACUUCUCCAGAGACAAAUACCUGCUGUACAGAGCGGGAGAAAACAUCUUCUUGUGAGGGCGUGUUGGUGAUCAUCUGCAGCCAUGUGUGACCAGACGUUCGUGGCGGCCACUUUUGGCCCCUGCGACAGCUGUUCGAAAGCCAGUCCUCUUAUGAACAUCUACAUUAAGAGCGAGGCCAUCAACUACUGCUCCUUCUGUGUGGAACUGAUGGCUUGUCAGGGGCUCACAGCAGGGGAAUCCGUGGCGAGCCUGAAGAGAGAGAGCGACAAUCUGAAGAAGAAGCUGGAGGAGGAGAGAGGGAAGCUCAACGACAUAGAGUUGAACCAGGUGGCUGAGAAGAUUGAGGUGUUGGGUGCUCUCUCCAUAAAGACCAGACGUGUGCUGAAGGGUCAUAGCAACAAGGUGCUGUGUAUGGACUGGUGCAAAGACAAACGUCGUCUAGUCAGCUCUUCACAGGAUGGCAAAGUGAUUGUCUGGGAUGCAUUCACUCUUAAUAAGGAACAUGGGGUAACCCUGCCGUGUACAUGGGUUAUGGCGUGUGCUUAUGCCCCCUCAGGUUGUGCUGUGGCAUGUGGCGGAUUGGAUAACAAGUGCUCAGUGUUCCCGCUGUCACUGGACAAAAACGAGAACUUGGCUGCAAAGAAGAAGUCUGUUGCCAUGCACACCAACUAUGUAUCAGGAUGCACCUUCACCAGCUCUGACAUGCAGAUCCUGACCUCCAGCGGUGAUGGCACAUGUGCCUUGUGGGAUGUGGAGAGCGGGCAGCUGCUUCAGAGUUUCCAUGGUCACACAGCUGAUGUCUUGUCCCUGGACCUCGCCCCAUCUGAAACUGGAAACACAUUUGUCUCUGGGGGCUGUGAUAAGAAGGCCAACGUGUGGGACAUGCGCUCUGGACAGAACGUUCAGUCUUUUGAGAGCCAUGAGUCCGACAUCAACUGUGUAAAGUACUACCCCAGUGGAGAUGCAUUUGCUUCUGCUUCAGACGAUUCCACAUGCCGAUUCUAUGAUCUGCGAGCUGACCGUGAGGUAGCCGUCUACCAGAAGGACAGCAUCAUAUUUGGUGCUUCCACUGUGGACUUCUCUCUGAGUGGUCGCCUGCUUUUCGCUGGGUAUAAUGACUACACCAUCAAUGCGUGGGACGUUUUGAAGGGAACUCGUGUCUCUGUCCUGUUUGGCCAUGAGAACCGCGUCAGCAGAGUCAGAGUGUCACCUGAUGGCACAGCGCUCUGCUCGGCCUCCUGGGACAACACCUUACGGAUUUGGUCCUAGAGCUGAUAUCACAGUUGUGAUCCAGUGACGACAGCACCAGCAUUAUGCGACUGCCAAGACUGCAAGUCCCUGUCUGAAACCGACACUACUGUGUGUACAUACAAAUCUUCAGUGUGACAAACACACAGAAGCAAAACAAAAUAAAUAAAAAAUCCCUUCUGAAUGAGAAUAUAUCAUUGAGUCAUAACUGUAGGGUUGGUAUUCAUUGAAGCGACAGUUUCGAUUCGUAAUCUUUGUUAUUGUUAGCUUGAUGACUGUUUGUAUAAUUAUGUAAGUGAUAAUGCUAAUGCAGUGGGAAAUAACUGAGUGUAAAGAGCCACAUGUGUCUGUUCUGCCAUGUAGACCUACAGAUAUAUCUUGUAAAUUAUGUACAUCAGUUCACUGUUACCUGUCCUGUGAGAAAUAUACUGUAGGUGUACACACUGUAAUUGCUGUUACAGCGGCACUCUGCCAUAGAUAUAGUCAUGAUUAUCCAAAGGAAGAUAACUUUAAUGUAGCACAGAUUUUUCUUAUUUUAAUAUACAUAAACCUCAACAGCUUAGAUUAAUUUCUUGUGAGAAAAAUAAAGCAGAUUUUAAGUA